AGAGAAUGUGUCGAGAAGAAACCCUAAAUAAACCCUAACCAGUUUUAACUGUUGAUUUAGAUUCGUUGGGUUGGAGAAUCCCUUUCGCAUGCCUGCAAAUCCAUCAGGUAUCAAAGGAAUUUCAACCCUCUUCUCUUUCACUCCUCGUCAAGUUCUCUUAAACACUCCAACCAUGAAGCACGGUGCCGACAACGGAACCAUAAUCUCGGAACAGAAAGUGAAGUUUCUUCUUCAUCAAUCUAUUGCUCUUUACUUGGAACACUCCGGCUUCUCCAAAACCCUAAAAAAGUUUAUAUCUGAAGCGAAAAUUGAGAAAGAUAAUACAGAGGGUUCGUCAGUUGAUCUAGAAGAAAUGUGCCGCAAAUUUCUUGAAACAUGUAACGAUGCUAAGUCAACUAUCAAUGGCCAAAAGGAGCAAGUUGCAGGCGUGCACUCCAAAAAUGAAGAGGAAAAACCCAAGGAAAAAAAGAAAAAGAAAAGCAAAUUAGUUUCUGAAGCUGCUGAUAACAUGGAAGAUAACCAAUUGGAGUCACUGCCUAUGGUUCCAGAAAAUAAAGUUAAGGAUGAUUUAUCUACUGAUGCCAAAGUUGAAAAUGGUGCUGAAACAGAGAAGCAGUCCAAACGUAAAACGAAAAAGAAAGGUAAGUCAAAUAUUGAAGGGGAUUCAGUAGAUCAGAUUACAGUUGUAGAAAAUAAUGUUAAGGAUGAAUUAUCCAUAGAUGCCAAAGUCGAAAAUGGAGCGGAGACAGAGAAGAGGUCCAAACACAAAAUGAAAAAGAAAGAUAAGUCAAAAAGUGAAGGCGAUGCAAAAGAGCAGAUUGAAGAUACCGAUGCAAUUGUUUCAGAAAAGGAGAAUUUUGAGGCAUCAAACGAAGAGGCAACACCUGAGGCGAAGAAAGAUUCUAAGAAAAGAAAAAGGCCAAUUUCUAAAGAAAAUGGUGAACAAGAUACCGAAAUCAAGGCAGAUGAAGAAACCAAGCGUAGGAAAAUAGAAAAUUUGAAUGGAGAAACAGAUGUGCACCCUGGGAAUGGGGCAGCUAAAUCUUCUGUGCAAAGUUCUCAGAAGAAAAAACACAAGGAAUCAGUUGAGCCAAAACCAGCGAAUACUCCAUUUCAACGAGUACAAGUUGAUAAGAUAGAUUUUGUUGAUGAGAGGCUUCAAGAUAACUCUUAUUGGGCAAAGGAUGGUGCUGAGAGUGGUUAUGGUGCAAAAGCACAAGAAAUUCUUGGCCAAGUUAGAGGAAGGGAUUUUCGUCAUGAGAAGACCAAGAAGAAACGUGGGACCUAUAGGGGUGGAUUUAUUGAUUUACAAUCCCACUCAGUUAAGUUUAAUGUUUCAGAUGAGGAGUGACUGGGAAGCAUAUAUGUUUAUUUAUUUUUCUUUUUUCUUGUCAAGAAAGAAAAAUUGCUUUUUUAUUUGCUACUGGAGCACCAUGCUAAAGGCGGUGUUGUCCUGGAAAUUUUGUUUAAUUAUGUUGCAUUGAAAAAAUAUUACAUUGAAACAAUAUUCUGUGUGCUGCUUAAUGCAAUUUGUGUUGCACCUAUUAUAACAAAGUGCUUGGAUUCUGGGGUGGGAA